AUGACCCAAAAGAGCUUUACCGCGGCCUCUUCGCCCGACGUUGGCGAGGUCGCCACCGAGGAAGCUGACGACGAUGACUGGACCUGGAUUGAGCCUUUCAAUCAGCGGACUAGAGUAUUCUGGCAUGUCGCGGACGCCAGCUACGACAUCGGGGUCGUCGACACCAACGAAUUGACGCUGGUUUUGUCACAGUCCGUCGCCUCGUCCGGCUACACCAUCAACUCCAACCCGUUCGCCGACGCCAACCCUCCCAACGUCAACGACAUCCGCAACCUCAACAUCUACGAGUGGGUUCCGGUUCGCCUCUCCCAGACGGACUCCUCCUACUACGCGUGGAAGACGUACUUCUCCCUCGUGUUCCGGGAGUACCACCUCAUCGACCAUGUGGACGGCUCCGUCGACUCCAAUCUCAUCCCCGACUUCCAUGACUGGUCCACUAUCGACGCCACGCUCAUCCGAUGGUUCUUCCUCACCAUCUCGCCGGACCUGUUUCAGACGGUCGUGCAGGACGGACAACUCCUCCGUCGACGACUAUUGUCGCCGCCCAAGACUCUCGCUGAUGAGCUCCGCGAUAUUGGCGCGAAGAUUGAUGAUGAUCUCCUCCUCAGCACGCUCACUGCUGGUCUCAAUGAGGACUUCGGCAACGCCGCGGCGAACCUCACCCUCAUCCCCGAGCCCUCCUUCACCAAGUUCGUUGCGUACCUCCGGCUAGAGGAGCGGCGGAUGAAGCAGGUGAAGGCGCGGGCCAUCCACACUGCUCUCGCCGCUGGCACCACCAGCGGCUGCCCCCGCCGCCCCGGCCGCACCUCCUCAGCCGCGCCCCCAGGCGCCGUACCCGCCACCGCAGCAGCCGCCACCGCUGCCUCUCCCGUAUGGGCCUCCCGCCACGCCCGCGCCACCUGUCGAACGGCCUCGCGGAGGCUGGCGCGGCGGCCAGCAGCAGCCGCCGGCACGCCUCGUCAGCAGCAGCAGCUCCAGGUGCCCCCUCCAUGGGCUGCCGGGUACAACCCAUGGACCGGUGUCGUUCAUGCGUACACCAUGCCGGUCCCACGGGCCCCUGCAUCGACCCUUCCCGUGCCACGUCCGCCGGCGCAUCAGGCGUACUAUGCGGCUCCGCAACCCUGUGGAGGGUACCCAUCGCCGCAGCUGAGCGGCGGCUACCGCUUCCCGAUGGCGUCUCCGCCACCUUCGCCGGCACUGCCACCGGCGCCUUGGGAUCCAGCGCUUCUCGCCGUGCUGCACACCGCCCCUACGCCGAACAACUACACUGGAGGCGGUGAUUGGUACAUGGACACCGGGGCCACGACUCACAUGUUUGCUCAUCCUGGUAAUCUUGCCUCCUUCACUCCCAUCACCACCGACCGCCGCAUCAUUGUCGGCGACGAUUCCACCCUUCCCAUUACACACGUCGGGCACACUUCUUUUCCUUCUAAUUCCAUGCCUUUAUCUCUGUCUAACAUACUUGUGUCUCCUCAUCUUAUUAAGAAUCUUAUUUCCGUUGUUUGUUUCACUCGUGAAAAUCCUGUCACUGUUGAAUUUGAUGAGCUUGGUUUUUGUGUUAAGGACGCUCGAACCAGGAUGCAGUUCGGCGCCCCCGCCCGCGGCGCCUCCUCCGACCGCGACUCUGGUGCCCAUGGCCCCGGCGCCAUCGGUGCCCCUUUGCCCGCGGCUCCCGCGGCCCCGAUGCCUUCGGUGCCAUGUUCGCUGGCAGCCCUGGCGCCCCUGGCCCCGACGCUUCCUUCGACCGCGGCCUCGGCGCCCGUGGCUUAG